UUCGCUAUCGCUGUAUCCUGCUUCACUUGGUUCGUGUAGCUCUAGCAGUAGCUGUAUCUGGUCAGUAUCGGGACCGUUCGCUCGGUUCUGGCGCUGGAGGGCCAGAGAUGGCCGAGUAUAGUCAGACGGGUAUAUUAACGGCCCUGCUGCUGUUUACUGCAGUCACGGUUAAGGAUAUUUAUGUGGGCCGGAGCAGCAGCAUGACUCAACAGGACAGUACCGGGCCCGAAAGCUUUCUGGAGCCUGACGUAAACACACAGAGACACAACAAACCCAAAAUGUACACCGGGCCGGUACUCAAGUUCCAGUUCUGUAUCUCCUGAGGGUACAGUAAGGUGUUCCAGGAGUACUCCCGGUCCAUAAACCAGCUGUACCCGGACAUCAAAAUCGAGGGAGAGAAUUACCCUCCCAAAUCUAUCAACAAAUACCUUGCAAAUUUUAUCUCCUACUUCAAAUUGCUUGCCAUCGCCUUGAUUGUGACGGGACAAAAUCCUUUUCAAAUGUUUGGAAUGAACACUCCAAGAAUAUGGUUUUGGGGACAGGAGAAUAAGAUAUUCUCCUGUCUUAUGGUCUUCUUCAUCAGUAACAUGUUGGAGACUCAUUUCCUCUCCACUGGAGCUUUUGAAAUCUCAUUGAACGAUGUACCUAUUUGGUCCAAGUUGCAAUCAGGAUAUGUGCCCAACAUUCAGGAACUUUUCCAGAUAUUGGAUAACCACCUUAAAAUGAAUCAGGUCGACAAGCUGAACUUUCCUUCACCAUAAAGCAGUUGUUGCUUAGAGACAAGUCUCCAGAUCUGUUUCUCUGUUCAGUGAGAUUGUGAACUGUGGUAUAAUGAAGGUUUGCACUGAAAACAGUUGUCUGUUAGUGCAGACUGGAUGAUCAGACACCACAGACGCUCCCUCUGCUCAGUGUCACACACCUUUGGAUCGACUGGAUCUCUUCACGGCAUCAAUCUACAUGCAUUCAGUAGUAGGAGAAUCAUGCAGACAUUAAAUCUGUUAGUAAAUGAAAUUGGAGGCACAUGCGAGUUUUUACUUUAGUCUGUGAUGUUGGUCAGGAGUGCUUUAAGCUUUAAUUGUAAUGGGAUAUGAAAUCUUUCUCAAGGGCAGAUGUGUUUUCUUUACAUAAACAUCUUAAAAUGAUGUUUAAACAUGAUUAUGUGUUUGCACUGGUGUAGAUCUGUACUGUAUUUGGGUUAUUUGAAUACUUAUAAAUGAAUGGGAUAAUCUGUAUGCUGCAGAAACGUGCAGUUCAGUUAAAGUCUGUUUUUAAUGCUUGAAAUAGUCACAGCCGGUUUGCUUGUGUUAGAGCAGAUGAUUUAAGAGAGGAGACAUUGGGAAUUGAAGGCUAAAUCUUCCUCUCUUCUCAUAAACUUUUAAGACUGUUUGUUGAGAUGUUUGUUAUAUCACUGCCAGAAUAUUCCCUGAUAGCAAUAAGCUCUGGGAUGGAUCCAGACGGGAGCUGCUGUCUCGGGAGCUUAUUGCUAUCAGGGUUCUGUGAUAUCUUUCAGUGAUUUUCUGGGUUGCUGCAAUCGUCUUCAUUCUGCUGUUGUGGUUUGUUGGAUAUCAGAUGAUGUGAAUGCUAAAGACUAUUUUUCCAGCUCUCUUCAUACAAAUGUGGCGGUUAAAAAUGCACUCCUUAUAUGUUAGUGAACUUCUGUGUGAAUUUGUAACAACAGUGAUGCUUAAUUGGAAUUAUGUUUGAUGGAAGAAAUCACAAUAAAUGCAAAAUAAAGAUUUUAAAA